AUGAUUUAUUAGAUUUAAUAAAGGAAGAAAAGUAAUUAAUAUAGAUUUACAACCAACCUUAUUCUAUCUAUUAUUGAAGAUGAUGUUAAUGAAUUAAAUAGAGUAAUCUCUUUAAAAAGUAGUUAAAUUAAAAAGUAUUUUAAUUAUUUAAUUACUAAUAGACUAAGAUUCAAACUAUAGUAAUUUAAAUAACACAUAAUAGAUGAAGAAGAUAUGUCACUUUAAUUUCAAACACAUUUUUACUAGAAACAACACUAAAACUGA